AACAUUACGACUUAAAAUAUUUUAUGGGUGAAUAGUCAACACCAUGCAAAUAGUGCAAUCACACUGACCGAACUCUAACCAUGUUUGCUACACUAAAAUAAGAUGGUGGACCAUGAAGAGGACUGGGAUCUACAUACGUGUCGAAGUUCGCAGGCUCAACGUUCAACAUGGCCGUCGUUUUGUUGUGGUGGUGUUGAGAUAUGUUACUUUCCCGUUCUUUCCUUCUUUAACGCCACGAUUCAUCGGGUCUUCUUAGAGGAAAAUACUAUGGGAAGAGGUUUAUCUGCCAGUAUAGUUUUUUAACUGAUGUUAAAAACAUCUAAAAACUUAACUUGACGGAGUUAGUGAACGAAAAUGGCAAAUCCAGAAAAAAAGCAUUCUUACAACAGCGUUACAGCAGCAACAGCAGCACCGAGCAUAGGAACAGACAGGUUAUUACGGUAUCUUCCUAAAAAGCAGCCAGAAGUUCGACAAGUUGCCAUAGACAUUCCAGAAACAGACAGCAGCCAAGCUCUGAAUCAAGAUUUAUUGAAUGCUGUGGAAAGAGUAAAGAGCCUUAGAAUGAGAGGUACAAUGAAUGAUGAUGAAAGAAUUACGUUGUCAAGUGCUAUUAAGCCAUUUCCACAAAGAUCCCAUCCAAUCAUGAAAAGAGUUAAAAGAGAACUUCAGAGUGUUCUUGCUGAGAGACAGGGUUGGAGAAUAUUCUGGUUGAUCAUUGUCAAUGCACUUUGUACUUUUGGACUUUUUAUAUACAGUGGAUCAACAAAUAGUUUGGCACUCACAUCAUUUAGCUACUUGACAAUAUUUGAUUUACUAAGUCUUUUAACCUGUCUUUUGUCUCUCUGGGUGUCACUUCAGAAACCAUCAUCAACCUUUUCCUUCGGGUAUGAGAGGUUUGAGGUGUUGGCAGUGUUUACAACUACUAUUCUUGUGAUGUUUGGAGCUUUGUUUAUAGUAAAAGAAAGCACUGAAAGAUUAUUAAUGCCCCCAGAAGUUAUGACGGAUAAUCUUCUUCCAGUCACAGUGGUUGGAUUAAUGUUACAUUUACUUGUGACUUAUGGUGUCACAAACAAGCCAUUUAGUCUAGUCUCAAAAGCUGCAUCAUCAAAUUGGUUACAGGAUGCAGUGAAUGACUUUGGUCAUAGCAUCUGUGGGUUUUCACCAUUCUUGGGCAAAGUUUUGGUUCAGAGGUUCAACCCUAUAGCUCUUUUGGGAGUGGCUGGAGCUGCAUUAGUUAUUAUCACUGAUUCUUUGAUAAAUUACAAUCAAUCAUUCAUAGCUGACAGCUUUUGUGCAAUAGUGACAGCAUUCAUGAUGUGGGCCACCAUGCUACCGCUCGGCAUAUACAGCGGCCAGAUUCUAUUGCAGACUUGUCCCACUGAUAUUAUGAGCCAGAUAGACAAGUGCCUCAGAGAGGCAUCCACCUUAGAUGGAGUGCUAGAAUUCAGAAAUGAGCAUUUCUGGACAGUUUCAUUCGGAAGAAUGGUGAGAUGACACACUUUAGUCCAUUCAGUUAAGUGUUAAGUGAGUAAACCUCAAGGGGCUUAAAGGGUUGAAACGAGGUUAGUUUGAGGUAACAUUCAGAGCUAUCUUAAACUGAGAGUCGAAAGUUAUCGGGCAAUUACUUUGGUUUUGGUUUUUGGUUUUAUUACCUUUUGAGAUUGGCCAAGUAGAAGUAAUUGAGUUGGUCUUGGGCUAACUGAAUGGUUGUGAAUGUCAUUAAAUUACCGUUCAGUAAUAAUAAUUGAAGGGGUGAGUGCAAAACCAUGCUAAGUGACGAUUUGGGUGAAAAAAAAA